AUGUGGCGCCCCAAUAUCGACGGCUAUGUCAUCCCUGACAACUACUCGGAGGCUUUGCGCAACAACUCUCAUGUCGAUAUCUCCAUUCUUACUGGAAACAACAAGGACGAGCCUAGUGCUAGCCCGGACCUCUCAUACACUGCAUCUGACUACCACGAUCUGUAUAGCAACCUCUUUGGCGACCUCUCGGAUCACACUCAGGCCUCGGAAAGUGCCAAGGAAUUCUAUCGCGACCUCAGCCACCGUUGGGCUGUGGACUGGGCUGCCGGUGGUGCCAAGAGCAACGUGUACACUUACUACUUCAACCACACACCUGACGAGAACCGUGAUGAAGGUGCAUACCACGGUUCCGAGCUCUGGUACACUUUCAACAACAUUGCUUACGCUUUGUACUCCAAUGUUGCCUGGAACAGCGAGAACUAUGCUGUCGAGAACAAGUUAGCCAAUUACAGGGCAAACUUUAUUCGUACUGGAAACCUCAACGGAAAUGUGCUUCCGCAGUUCAAACCUACUACCCGCAACUCCCAAAAUACAAUGUGGCUGGGCGAUUCAUGGGGGAUGGGCCCGCUGACCAUGGAAGGCAAGCGCAUCCAAUUACUGCACAAGUGGACCGCUCGCCUGCCAAGUUGGUAA